AUGCCGUUAAACAUCCUCGAUCUCCCCAGUGAGCUGCUUGACCGCAUCGUUGAGCUUGUAAUAACGCACCAGGACUCGCCAGUUUCAACUAGCGAUCGCGUCGCAUGGCCACGGGAGCUUGAGACCUUGACAAGUUCAACGCCAGAUGGUCGCGACAAUGUCAUGUACUGCAAAAAUCAGGAAGCGCCCUACCAUAACUGGAAAUCCGCUUCUCCAACCCUCCUCCUUGUCAAUCGACAGUUGGCCGAACUCACGCGACGGAGACUGGCACAAUUCUCGAAUUCAAGCCAUUACGCCCUGGACGUCAUGCUCGUCAACGAAACAGAACUUUGGCCGACAUGGACCUUUCUCACACCUCCGUGUCAGCACGUCAAUAAACUGACCGUGACCCUUCGCAUCACUGGUACCAGCCCAACGCUAGAUGGGAGGAAGUACCGUUUUACUCCCUUCGAUGGCGCGCCGCCAAUUGUCUGGUGUUUCUUCUAUCUCCUCUCCCGAUUUCUCGAAUGUGGCCCCCUUGCGGAAGAUCCGGAAAUUAACCCCCCAGCCCACGAUAGGCACCCGUUUACCAUCAACGAAUUGACGCUGAAUGUCGAGACACCGAGUGGUCUGAUAGCACCCCGGAGCAUCAGUUAUGAGAAUUGGUUGCAAGGUCGCGAUAACAAGGAUCCUCGCACGUCGUAUACAUGGCCGUACAACACAGUCGAAACACUCAUGAUUUGGCCUGAAUGGUUGGUCAAGUUGAUCAGCGAUUAUAUCGGGUAUGCACUGGACAUGCAAGGCCUUUUCCUGAGGGGGUUUGGGCAUACCUUGCACAAGUGCAUUGGGACUAUCCGGAUUUGUUUGGACGGGUCUGUGGUCAAAGUGCAUGCUGUCGACCGUCGCCUGAAGGAGUAUGUCGAUAGACAACGACAGCAAUUGACUGGGUUUGCCGCAAAGUUGGUUCUUACAAGUAUUGAUGAACUGUAUGAAGAAAGGAAGAGAGCUGGAUUGCCGGUGGUUUAUUGA